AUGUCAACAUCAUCAGUAUCUGACGGAAUUCUCAAAUUUGCUACACAAUAUUCGUUUUAUAGUGGUUUUAUUUUAUUUAGUUUUGGAGUUAUUGGUAAUGUAUUGAAUCUUCUUGUUUUUAUUCAAUUGAAACUAUUUCGAACCAAUCGAUGUGCUUUCUAUAUAACUAUUGAAUCAAUUUUCAACUUCAUUUAUCAGUUUGUCUAUAUUAGUUUAACUGUUUUAAUAUCAAUAUAUGGAGAUGAUGCGACAGAACGUUUUUUCAUCUGGUGCAAACUAAGAUAUAUAUUAGGGCAAACAUGUGGCCUCAUUACUUUUUACAUGAUAUGUUUUUCUGCUGUUGAUCAGUUCUUUUCAACAAAUCAUCAUUUCCAUUUAAGACAAAUGUGCACAUUGAAAUUAGGUCGAUAUUUUGCGUUUAUAUUCAUUUGUUUUGCAAUCAUUCAUAGCAUUGCACUUGGCUCUUCUUAUAACAUUCAACCAACAUUAGGAUGUACUAUAUCGAAUUAUGUAGCGAUUCAGUAUUCAACAUUCUUCUUUUAUCCAGUUUUAAUUGGUUUCUUACCUAUUGUAAUUGCAUCAACUUUUAGCGUCUUAGCUUACUAUAAUGUUCGUCGUAUAGUUCGACGACAGCUACCCAUUGUUCGUCGUAAAUCAGACAAGCAAAUAACAGCAAUGGUUCUUAUGCGUGUAAUUAUCUUCGUUUGUUCGGUAUCGCCUUUUGAUGCUUAUCGUAUCUAUUCCAUUUAUGUUCCUACAUCACAAAGUAUGCCUAUGGCAUAUGCAAUUGGCCGACUGAUUCAGACAGUUUUUGCUUUUAUCAACAGUAUGAAUUCUGUCAUCAGCUUUUAUGUUUUCAUAAUAUUCUCAUCACGUUUUCGUCGUCAAGUGCAAUCUGUGUUAGUGAAAAUACGUUGGCAACGAUGGAAAUAUUGGUGUUGUCUCAUAAAUAAUCAAAUUGACCCUAACAACAAUACCGAACUACGCAAUUCACAAAUGAAAUCUGAAGAAAAUAUCUGA